CCCCUCCUUCUACCCACCCUAGAGGAUGCGGUCCCCAGCGCCGAGCAGCAGAGGCCACCGCUCCCAGAAAUGCAUGCGCCGGAACCCCUUCUCCCGGACCCGAGGAGCCAGCGCCCCCACCCUGUAGAGUUAUGACUCACUGAUUAAAAAGGACAUUCCCAAAUACUUUGCACUUUUGAUUGCAUAUUAUGGAUACCAAGGAAGAGAAGAAGGAACGGAAACAAAGUUAUUUUGCUCGAUUGAAAAAGAAAAAACAAGCCAAACAAAAUGUAGAGGCAGCCUCAGCUAUAGCUACAAAGACUCAUGCUGGAAAAGAAGAUGUUAAUACGGUCAUUUUAGAACAAGACAAGUGCAACAAUGCUGUGGAAGAGGAAUAUAUUACUGAUGAGAAAAAAAAGAGAAAAAAUAAUCAGUUAAAGGAGAUCAGAUGUACAGAACUAAAGAGAUAUUAUAAUAUUGAUGACAAUCAAAACAAAACACAUGAUAAAAAAGAGAAGAAGAUGGUGGUUCAGAAGCCCCAUGGUACUAUGGAAUACACUGCUGGAAGCCAGGACACUCUAAACUCCAUAGCACUGAAGUUUAACAUCACUCCCAAUAAAUUAGUGGAACUGAAUAAACUUUUCACACAUACUAUUGUUCCAGGCCAGGUUCUUUUUGUGCCAGAUGCCAACUUUCCUUCCAGUACCUUAAAGUUAUCAUCAUCCAGUCCUGGUGCUACUGUCUCUCCUUCAUCAUCAGAUGCAGAAUAUGAUAAACUGCCUGAUGCUGACUUAGCAAGAAAGGCCAUAAAACCCAUUGAAAGAGUCUUAUCAUCCACUUCUGAAGAAGAUGAGCCAGGCGUCGUAAAAUUUUUAAAAAUGAAUUGUCGCUAUUUCACCGAUGGAAAGGGUGUGGUCGGAGGCGUCAUGAUUGUCACGCCUAACAACAUCAUGUUUGACCCUCACAAGUCUGACCCCCUGGUCAUUGAAAAUGGGUGUGAAGAGUACGGCCUCAUUUGCCCCAUGGAAGAGGUGGUUUCCAUUGCCCUCUACAAUGACAUUUCCCACAUGAAGAUCAAAGAUGCCUUGCCAUCUGACCUACCUCAGGAUCUUUGUCCUCUGUACAGGCCUGGAGAAUGGGAAGACCUGGCUUCAGAAAAGGAUAUCAACCCAUUUAGUAAGUUCAAAUCCCUCAACAAGGAAAAACGACAGCAGAUUGGAGAGAAAACCAUCACUUCAGAUCCCCAGUCAACAAGACCUUUGGAGACAUCAACAGAACACACACAUACAGAGCCCUCAGACAGCUCCAUGUCAACGAAGUUAAAGAACUCAGAAUCAUCUGUGGAGGCAGCCCGUGGAUCUGCCACAGUGACUAAAGUCAGCAAGGAACCUUCUGACACUCAUACUACAUUUGAAUCUAUAGCCAAAGAAAAUUCUCUUUUAGGGGAAGAUGAUGACUUCAUUGACCUGGAAGAACUUUCUUCUCAAACUGAUAGCAGAAUGGACAAAAGAGACACCUCAAAGGAGUGCCUUUCUCUUGAUCCAGAGAAGCUCAGGAAGGCUAAGUCACAAAUAAUCAGCUCUGCUGCAGAAAUGAAGAUGCAGUCAGCCCUGAACUUUUCAGGAACAGAAAGUGAUGCUGAACUGAAGGGGACCCUAGAUUUAGAAACCUGUGAGAAGCAAGAUAAAAUGCCAGAGGUGGACAAGCAGUCUGGUUCCCCAGAAAGCCAGGUGGAAAACACACUGAACAUACAUGAAGAUAUAGAUAAAGUCAAACUCAUCGAAUAUUACCUUAAUAAAAACAAAGAAGGUUCACAGUUAUCUGAUAACUCGCAGAAGGCAGAAUUAAAUGAUGGCAAAAGUAUCGAGCCAGAGGGAAUAGACAUCACCCUUAGUAGUUCUCUUCCCCAGGCUGGUGAGUCCCCAGAUGAGGGCAAUAAAGAGCUAGAUAAAACCUGGGUGAAAGAGAGAGCGCCCCAUUCACUGCAACUGGGCCAUUCUACAGAAGAAAAUAUGCGUAAAGACUCUUUAAACUCCUCUUUGGAAUCUACUCUGGACAACAGCUGUCAAGGCGCACAAAUGGAUAAUAAAUCUGAAAUCCAGUUAUGGCUGUUAAAGAGAAUUCAGGUACCCAUUGAAGAUAUACUUCCUUCAAAAGAAGAGAAAAGCAAGACUCCACCCAUGUUUUUAUGCAUUAAAGUGGGAAAACCAAUGAGAAAAUCCUUUGCCACGCACACUGCAGCCAUGGUCCAGCAGUAUGGCAAACGACGAAAGCAGCCAGAGUACUGGUUUGCUGUUCCCCGGGAGAGGGUGGAUCACUUGUACACGUUCUUUGUUCAGUGGUCUCCUGACGUCUACGGGAAAGAUGCCAAAGAGCAAGGCUUUGUAGUGGUGGAAAAGGAGGAGCUGAACAUGAUUGACAACUUCUUCAGUGAGCCAACCACCAAGAGCUGGGAGGUGAGCACUCAAGAGGGGGCUUUGCUGCAGCGGCGGAAGAGCACUUGCAGCUACUACGAAGACGAUGAUGAGGCAGCCCUGCCUAUUCUGCAGCCCCACAGUGCGCUCCUGGAGAACAUGCACAUCGAGCAGCUGGCCCGAUGCCUUCCGGCAAGGGUACAAGGAUAUCCAUGGAGACUUGCCUAUAGCACAUUGGAGCACGGGACCAGCUUGAAAACUCUCUAUCGGAAAUCAGCAUCAUUAGACAGUCCUGUUCUAUUGGUCAUCAAAGAUAUGGAUAAUCAGAUUUUUGGAGCAUACGCAACUCAUCCUUUCAAGUUCAGCGACCACUAUUAUGGCACAGGCGAAACUUUUCUCUACACAUUUAGCCCAAAUUUCAAGGUCUUCAAGUGGAGUGGAGAAAACUCAUACUUUAUCAAUGGAGACAUAAGUUCUUUAGAACUUGGUGGUGGAGGGGGAAGAUUUGGUUUAUGGCUAGAUGCUGAUUUAUACCAUGGACGAAGCAACUCCUGCAGCACUUUCAAUAAUGAUAUUCUUUCCAAAAAGGAAGACUUCAUAGUUCAGGACCUCGAGGUAUGGACAUUCGAGUGAAAUUCAGACUGCCUUAAAACACAACAUUAAAAGAUUGAGUUUGAUCAGCCCUCCUAAAGCUGGCUGGAAGACGAAACGCCAGCCUGGACUGCCUCAUCCCACCAUAAUGCUUUCUUUCUGCCAUCAUCUCAGAGCACGAUCACAUUGCAGAGAGAUCCUGAAAGGUACAUGUGGAGGGCAGACACUGACGAAAGAGAUUUGAAGUCGAAAUUGUUGAGAGACUUUGUAUUCUCACUUUCUUUAAAUCUAUACAGUGAGAAAUCAGAGUAUUUAUAGAUGUAUGAGUUGAAUGCAAUUUUUAUUUUUUGGUAACUGUGAAAAAAAAGAUACUGUGGAAAUAUUUACAUGCCUUGUAUAUUUAUCAACAUAAUUUUCAUUACCAAAAUGUACAGCAUACUGUUGUUUGCCAUGGAAAAGGUUAGUCUCAUUUAGAAAAAUCAAAAGUGCAUAGCACUUAAAGGGAAUAUGUAUAUGAUUUUUUUAAAAACUUUUAUUUAUUAUUUCUAGUAAAUUGUCUGAAAUGUGUUGCCAGUUUUUUUCUUUCAAUGUGUCACAUUUUGAAAUAAAGAUAUGUGCUAAGUUUUGGCAACAAUUCCAUUUGAUUUAUAUAGUUUUAUAUUGAAUUUUUUUUGCCCUGAUUGUUUAGAGUAAUAGGUCUUAAGCAGAAUAUAUAUAUAUAUGCAUAAUUCUGAAUUUAAAAAAACUCAUCAUCAAUGUUCAUUAAUUUGACUAUUGUAGGCCGGCUUUCCAUUCAGUUAUUAAAAAGAUACAUUUUUAAUUACUUACUCUGAACGUAGUAAAGAAAAAUAAGCCAUUGCUCAGUCAAGUAGAUAUUUACAGAAACAGAUACUUUUAUGAACCUAGACUCCAACCUUGCUUUUGAAAAGAAAAUGGUUUGCUUCUUAUAAAAUCUUUUGUGUUAAUAAUAAAAACUUUAUUUUCAUAGUGUUUUUGCAUAAUUUACCCCCAAUUUUUCAUGAACAAACAUGCCUGUUUUAAUAGGGACUGAGUGUUUUAAUUUCUGUAUAUUUUAUGUCAAAUGAAAAAUAUCAAAUUAGCCCAAUUGUUUUGGUUUCUAGACUCUCUUAAAAAAAGCAAUACAAAGAAAUGCAUUCAUACCAAAAUUAAAAUAAAAAGUAAAACCUAUUUUUUAACAUCAACCCAUUUUCAUAUCAUAAAACAGUUUUAUUAAAUACUAUAAUAAAACCUUGUUAAAAAUUUAACCAAUAUUAUUGAUUGCCAGACUUUUAUAAAAGCCAAAGUAUGCUAAAGGAAAAAAAUUUCGAUUAGUAGCCUAAGCUGAAAAGUGGUCUGUCCAAAAUUACAUCCCUAGUGAUCUUGGAAAGAAAAAAUUAAUAACAAGUAAUACACACACACACACCUGCAUUUAGAAAAAUAAAACAGUUCUUAGAAUGUUAGCCUUAAGCUGGCAGAGUAUUUUCUUUAGAUUAUUCUGUUACUUUAGACUAUUUAUAUAUAUAUACAUAUAAAGAAAAUUGCCAAGUGGCCUCCUGUCAGAUCAAGAGUUAUUUAACUCCACUCACAUUCCAUGCAAGUUUAAAUGAAUGUUAUAACAUCUUAAAUCUGUAGCCUGGGUGUGCUUUCCCCUGAGUUCUACUAUUGAGAACUCUCAAUGAACAACAUACUGGCCGCUUAACCAUACUCUGCUCAUUAAAUAAUGUGUUGGUGUGAGAUAUCAGGAAUGUCUCAUGAUGAUCACAUUUACUAUUUAUGCCAUUUGUAACCAUAUGCUAUUAACAAACAACGUGGUCAUUUUGCAUAUAGUUCACUCCUACCUAGUUUAGUCCAUGAUAUUAUAUGUACUUGUGAGAGCAUAUCCAGAUGCUGUGUUCUCUAUUUAAAGCAGUAUUGUCCAAUUAGAAAUGUGUGGCCCUUCAUUUAUGGAUAUUGAAUAUAUGUAAUGCAGUGCUAGCCCAAUAUUUUCAAUAAAGGAAUUUAUGCAUCUGUGUGA